AUUGAAGGGCGUCCAAUUGAUAAAAACUUGGUCUCUUUACCAGAAAAUCUCUUCGACGACAUGUACAGGCUAGCGUACUUGCAUUUGGCAGUGCACCAAAACUUGCGCCAUCUCCCUCGCAUGGACGGGCUAACCAACCUUAAAUCCUUCACUCUCGCCGUCAUGAUGUCGCUCCAAUAUGUGCCGCGCCUGGAUAAGCUGACCAAA